AUUCAUCAGUUAAUGGCUGAGCUGGCUUCUUAGAUUUGUGAACGAUCCUCGACCUGGACCCUUGCUACAACCACCCAAAACACAAAAAUAACUCAACGACCUUUGCAUGAUACUCUUGUCACUCACCUCACCCAUUGAAGUCAUCAGGUGGUAGCUAGCUAUCAAGGAAGCUCUAUCCAGUCAGCCCAGGACGUGGAAAGAUGGUUCAAAUACGACGACGACGUGUUCAAGAAGAUGACGGGGAUGAGGAGAGCCGAAUGAGUGCCUCUCUUCGCCGUCGAAGCAAACUGCAGGCCACUUCGGAUUCUUCGCUGAAAUCGUGUCUACAAUUCCUCUUAAUGAGUUCCAUUAUUCCUGCCCUAUUCUUUUUCCGUUUCGCACGCGACGAUUUGGGGUCCUUUCUGCAUUACAAAUUGACAAUUCCAGAUUCGCUCCCAGCGCCAUUUGAUUUCUUGCCCGAUCUACUGAGGAAUUAUGCGGAAGAAAUACGAAUGUACACAUCCGAGCUGGACCAUGAAUGGCUCGACAGCGACAUUGUGGAGCUCCACCACUGCCGAUCUAUAUUGACAAGUGAAAGGAUGGGUUGGACCAACUUUACAGAGUGGGCAUCUCCAUUGGUCAAUCGCACGCGAUACGAAUUGCACGAGGCAAAUCCAGCACUUAGCGACCAGCAACUUGACAAUAUGCAGCAAGAAAUUAUUUUGGAAUUGUUGGAAUUGUACGCCAUGCACUACGGAUUUUGUAAUUUUCAUCGCUACAGACCAGCCUUGGUGAAAGACUCUAAAGCUUUUGAGGAUACCUCGAAAUUAGACGCUCCCGCCAACUCGGCUCGAUGCGCAUUUGUCAUUACGGUACUGGCAAAUGAUUCAACCCAUGUGAAACGACUGAUCCAGGCAAUCCACAUGCCCCAUCACUACAUUGUCCUUCACUUGGACCAACAAGCAAAUGAAGAAUUGAAGACGGAACUCCUAGAGCUUGCUGAGCUGUACGAGAAUCUAGAAUUGGUACAAUUUGGUACCAUUCGUGCCGAUAGAGAAGAUUCCAUGAGUGGUAUUCAUCUCAAAAUCAUGCGAUGGUUGACCAUUGAGCUUGGUCUGGUCUUUGACUAUCAUGUCACCCUGGAUGGGGCAUCUUUUCCAUUGCUUAAUGCCGAAGAAUUGGCGCGGUACUUGUUUGCUUCAUCACAUUCAAUCUGGCUGGGGACAUUGACGGAACAAGGAAACUUGGCCACGAAAACACAAACGAAAAGGCUUACACACGCACGGCUGACAACAACCAGCAUUCCUGCUACAGUUAGUCUGGGGAAAAUAUUUUCAGAAAAGGUGACCCUUCCACCAGAGUUGGCUUCAGCAGCACAAGCCAAUCGUCUUUUGUUGAACCAUAAGACGACAAAGGGGAGCUAUGCAAUAUUCUCUCAGGAUUUGAUACGACGUCUGCUGUCUUCCCCAGCAGCUCUGCAACUCUUGGCAUCAUCGAAAUACGCAUGCUGCAGCACUUCCUUUGACAAUUAUGAUUGGAUGGGGGCAUUGGAGCUAUUGGGUGUCUGGGUCAAUGAAGACUCUUUCUCAAUACCCAAUCAAGCCAAACAAUACACUUCCAUGUUUCAGCUCUGGGGUGGGACCGAUAAUUGUGGGGAUGCUCUACGUGACGAUCUGGCAACCGACAGCGCGAUGUUGUCCACGAAUCCCUCUCAUUGCUAUCGCAUUGAACACCCACAAGUGGUCAAAGUAGUGAUGGGCAAAAAAUUCAAUACAACGGCUUUUGUCGAGACUGAUUAUUCUAUUCCAAAGGAUCAACUGCUCGUAAAGGGAGAAGGCGAAGUCUGGAAGCAUCUGAAGAGUGCCAAAAAAGUUGGGUUCUUGUUUGCUCGGCAGUUUGAUUCCACGCAUCCCCAGUCAGUGGCUCUGCUGAAUGCAAUUGAACAAGAAUGGUUGGAAGGUCAUGAUGAAGAACAAGUUUAAUGAAUUGGAAGCGAAGAGCCGCAAAGAAGGAGAUCCUUUGAGAUUGCAAAUGAAACCUCUCCUGAAUGAAUAUCCACCGUGAAAGAGCCAAUAAUUGCACUGGCUCUCCUCGUCAGUGAUUGUUCAGGUUUUAGGUGGCGAUGUUGCGAUGCUAUGGAGUAAGCGGAGCAUAAUUAGAUAUCAUAGAAGAACAGGAAUAGAAGUAGAAUUAUACUUGACUGUACCAACAAGAUAUGUUAACUUAAGAAUUACACUUUCCCCGGA